GAACGCUUUAGAACAUAACUAAGUAAAAGAAAAUACGUUUUUUUCGCGAUCGUAGUUGAUCUAAAAACCCCACACAACCGAACUAAAAACCACAGCAACAACCACUUCUGCAGCUAAACAACUUCACGGGACUUGUGCAAAGCGCAGUCGACAUUAAAAUUAAAUACAAAUAAAAAUAAACAUAAACCAUAAUUAAAAGAAGAAAACCUAAUUCGUAAGCGUUAACAACCCAAGCAGUGAGAUUAAUUACUAAGCGAACGACAACAACCAUCUAACAAGCAAAAUCAACCAACCAACCAAGACGAAAAUCGCGUAGUACCGAAACCGGAACCAAAAACAGAAAGCAAAAUGACCAACGCCAUGGAUAUCGUGAAGAACGGCAGCGCUAACGGCUCCGUGGACGGCAGCAAUGAUGAGUCGCGCACCAAUUUGAUUGUCAACUAUCUGCCACAGACCAUGACCCAAGAGGAGAUGCGAUCGCUCUUUUCGAGUAUCGGUGAGCUCGAGAGUUGCAAACUGGUGCGUGAUAAAGUCUCAGGUAAUUUGGUCUUGCCAGCAUCGUUGACCGCCCUCAAUCCGGCACUCCAGCAAGGCCAAAGCCUGGGCUACGGCUUUGUUAACUAUGUGCGUGCCGAGGAUGCUGAGAAGGCUGUGAACACCCUGAACGGCUUGCGUUUGCAGAAUAAGGUUAUUAAAGUAUCAUACGCCCGUCCAAGUUCAGAAUCUAUAAAGGGUGCUAAUUUAUAUGUAUCGGGUCUUCCGAAGAAUCUAUCACAACCAGACUUGGAGGGGAUGUUCGCAUCGUUCGGCAAGAUAAUUACAUCUCGUAUACUCUGUGAUAAUAUUUCCGGUCUAUCGAAGGGCGUCGGUUUUAUACGCUUCGAUCAACGCAACGAAGCCGAGCGGGCCAUACAAGAGCUGAAUGGCAAGACCCCCAAGGGCUAUGCCGAGCCGAUUACCGUGAAGUUUGCCAACAAUCCGAGCAACAGCGCUAAGGCCCAGAUUGCUCCGCCCCUAACCGCCUACUUGACGCCUCAAGCGGCAGCGGCCACCCGACGUCUGGCCGGCGCCCUACCAAACGCUGGACGCAUCAGAUACUCGCCAUUGGCCGGUGAUCUAUUGGCCAACUCGAUAUUGCCCGGCAACGCAAUGACCGGAUCUGGGUGGUGCAUAUUCGUCUACAACCUGGCCCCAGAGACCGAGGAGAACGUGCUGUGGCAGCUGUUUGGGCCAUUCGGGGCCGUUCAGUCGGUGAAGGUGAUCCGGGACCUGCAGACCAGUAAGUGCAAGGGAUUUGGCUUCGUCACAAUGACCAACUACGACGAGGCUGUGGUGGCCAUCCAGUCACUUAAUGGCUACACCCUGGGCAACCGUGUGCUCCAGGUCAGCUUUAAGACUAACAAAACUAAAACUACUUAAGCGAAACUGAACUAGUGUCUAGUCCUAAGCGUAGUCCUCUCUCUCUCUAUCAAUCCUCUAUGAUUUGACAGUACUUUGACAGGACUUUCCGAACGAUUAAAAGUUUGAUUUGCCAACGGCGCGACGCGUCGACGAGUUGUAGUCAAAAUUACACAUUUACUUAUACAGAGAUAAAAACAAACAUUAAUCAAAAUCAUGAUCAUGAUUGAUGGGACAUGUGAGAAAGAGGAGGAUUCUCUAUGAUUUGAUUUGUAUGCUAACGAAAUUAUUAUGAUUGUAAUUCUAAUGAAAUCUUAGUGAAAAUUGAUUUGAUUCUGUGUAUGUGGCGAGUACCGAUUAAACGUCGAUAUGGAUGCACGAAUACUCCAAACUAAUUUAAUUCGAUUAACCAAAGCCCAAAACCUAACAAAAACAAAGCUUGAAUGAGGCAAUGAGAAACACAACAGCAACUAAGGAGUAAAAUGAAGCAGAACCGUUAGGAAAAACAAGACAAAUGUCUAUAAAUUGACAAAAUGAAUAUGGGAGGCAAUGAAGAUUGACAACAUUGCAUUGACACAAAGCAAAACAAA